CCACUUUAGGUAGUGUGUGACGAUGUUAGCUGCGAGAAGCCUCCCGUCAGCGUUUCAUCGGAAGUUUUCACGCUAUAAUCACACAAACAGCCGCGCGCAUACGGAAGAGAAAACCGGUUUCCAGCCUAAAUUGUCAACGAUCACAAGAUAUAUCAAUGACAGCUGUAAUGUCGCAACCUAGUGGCAGCUCAGAGGCGAACGCGCCUCAACCUUUCAAGUCAAAAUGGGCGUCGCGGUAUAGAGGGGCUGUAGUCUCUGACCUGGACCCGCCAGCCGCCCUCUCCCUGAACCCCUCGGACCCGAUCGGGCUCGCGCUGCAAGAAGCCUUUGAGCGCGAGUACACGCACCUGACCAUCGUCGAUAGCAACACGCGCGCGCUGCUCGGCUACAUUUCCAUACCGCACCUGCAGCAGCAGAUCGAGUCGGGCCGUGCCAAGCCCGAGGACGAGAUCCGGACGGCAAUGACGUCCUUCAAGCGCAAGGGGAGGAAGUACACGGCCAUCACGCCAGACACCCCGCUCGAGGAGCUCGAGGCCUUCUUCGAGGGCGCCCAUCACGGCGGCCAGAAGCAGGACUUCGCCGUCGUCACCGACGACCGGAGGAGAUUCGUGCUGGGAGUUGCUACGGCUGCGGACUUGGAGGAGUUUGUCAAGAGAAGGCCGGAGUAGGUCUGGUCUGCGCAAGAGGAGAGGGGAAUCAGGUUCCCCGGGAAUUAUCAUCUAUCAUCACAGCUGGGAUCAUGGCUAGGCUAGGCGUCUGGUUGAUGGACCGACGGUUGCGGCGCUUCACCUCGCCCUUUGAAGCGACAAACCACGGUACGAGGCCCACGUGGUGUGGGUUCUUCCUCGCUUUGCCAUUCACCAAAAGUUUGUGUAAGCUAUCAGAAAAAGCUGAGGUGGGCAGAACGGACAAGAGAAAAAUGCCGGCCGGCUUCAUUCCUCAGCUGGGCCAAUCGGAAGCAUUGAGAGGCGUUUUUGUACCCUUGUAGCAACAAUUGAUCAUUGGCGUAAAGAUAUUUUGGCGAGGUAUGUCUCCCGUGCUGACCCAGCCGAGAAACACCUCUCCAAUUAACGAAAGGUUUGGUAUUACAAAG